GUGAGUUUGGUUCACAACUGAGCCACAGACAACACUUAAAAGAACAUUUGGAAAAACAAUAAAAAUAAAAAUGUUUUGCGAAAAUGUCUGAAACGUAAGUGUAUUUGAUGAGUCUAGCCAAACCACGCCCAGGAUCCCAACCCAGAGCAGAGCACAAUGACGGGUGAAUUUGGCAACAGUCAGUUUGUGUCCAGUAAUAAUGCGAAUGCGAAUGCCAGCUGCAGUGCAUCGCGUUGGCUAACGGAGGAGGUCUUCAAACUAAUCGAUGUUGUGCAACGCGAUGAGGCCAUCUACAAUCCCAGGCACAAGUAUUACUUCUGUCGACCGUACGUGGAGAACUUCUGGAGGGAGGUGGACCUGAAGCUGGAGAAGAAUCCCGGCGCCAGUCUUGCCAAAUGGACCAAUUUGCGCAUUUCGUUUCGGCGCGAGUAUACCAACUAUCUGGAGGAGAAAGUUCCGCCCUGCUGGUCGUACUUUGAUCGUAUGUUCUUCCUGCAUCCGUAUCUGCGCAAGAAGCACCAGCAGCCCAAAUCGCUGGACACCCAGGUGCAGGAUGCCCUGGCGCAUCUCUCCAGCCUGUCGAAUCGCAUGCAAAGGGAGCGCACCGUGACCACCAUCGGUACCACCACCAGCAGCACCAACCAGCCGACACCCUCGUCUCUGCAGAGUCCUCAGCCGCAGCCGCUGGACAACUAUUUGGACUACUUCGACGAGAAUGAGCCAAACAACUCGGAGCUAGAGGACCUCAUAGAGGAGGAGGGACGCAAUCGGUAUCACAGCCAGCUGGACAGCAACGAUAUCAAGUCCGAGUGCGAGGAGCCAGUGGAUGAUUUCGAGCAGGGAACGCCAGACCAUGACGAGGACGAGCCCGAAGACCAUGAAAUGCAUAAAAUGGCGCCCACUUCUAGUGUGGCUGCGGCAGCCACCUCGUCCGCGGCCGAGGCCCACCGACGUUAUGCCCCCCAACAGCCGCACACCAAUCGAGUGCAUCACAAUCGUCUCCAGCUACGCUUGUAUCCGGACGAAGUGCGUGCCAGUCGCCCACGGUCGCAGGAGUUGCCACCGACCGCUGCUGCUGCUGCUGCUACAGUGUCAGGUGUCAAUUUCCCUGCACAGCCCACGACCCAUUUGAACAUUUCCUUUGUACGUCCAACGUUUAGCAAGCCCGUGGAUCUAGUCAGCACCACAACGCACAGCGGAGGAGCGCUUCCUGUCGCGCCUUCCGAAAUGGAACUACCAACUCCAUCGAAUUUAGCCACAGGAGCCACACCCAUGGCAGGCACGAUGGCCAGUAGCAGCAGUGGCAGCUAUUUGAGCCAGCGGCAUCUGCACGGCCAUCAUCAGGCGGCGCCGUCGUCGCUGCGUCUGGAGGCAAACAACUCGGCUGGCCCGGUGGCGAAUGGAGGUGGCGGCGUCGUGGAUUUGUGCGACUGCAAGACCGAUUCCGAUGCCAUGUUUCUGAUGAGCCUGCUGCCGGACAUACAGAAGCUGAAUGGGCGGGAUCGUGGUAAGAUUAAGAUUGCUUUCCAGAACAUACUGCAGGAUUAUCUAUAUCCUGACUAGGCGUGGCCAUAAGGUACGAUCUCUAUCCACACAGC